AUGUCUGAACCAGUAGUUGAUACAGCUGAACUAUCAGCCGAAGAAAAAAAGCGAUUACUUAGAGAAAGAAGACAAGCAAAGAUGUCGAAGGGCAAAGCAACGGCCAGAUUGAACAAUAUUUUGUCACAGGGUUCGUCAGUGAAGACAUCAGGAGUAAAAUCAGUCUUGGACCAAGAGAAAGAGGCCACAUCUAGUCACGAUGAUGAUCCAGAGAUACAAGAUAUCACCGAGAUAACUACGCCCCCUCCAAGAACACCACCGAUUGGUGAAGAUGCUCCUCAGGAUAUAGAUAAGAUUUUCCAAACUAUGCUUCAACAACAGCAGCAACGAGGACAGGGAGCAAAUACUGCAGAUGAUCCUUUUGCUCAAAUAAUGAAAAUGUUUAAUCAAACUGAAGGUCCUGAUUCACUAAUCAAUGAAGGUUCAGCUUCGACUCAAGAUCCAACAGAAAUUAAAUAUCACCAAGAGUUACUAGAAUAUAACACAUAUAAUCAAAAAUUAUGGAAGUUUAGAUUUUUAUUGGUUCGUGUUUUAGUGACUUUAUUUAACUUUUUUUAUCAUUAUACAAGUAUCUCGGAUUUUCAUGCAUCGAAUUACGCUUAUGUUAGAGACUUGUCAUCUGAAGAAUAUCCUGUUCGAGACUUUUUCACCUGGUUUGCCACUUCCGAAGUUGUUCUUGUGGCAGCUUACUAUUCGGUAUUUCAUUCAUUAGGGUUAUUCCAUGCAGCCAAUCAAAACAGCAUUAUAUUGAAAGUUAUGUCAAUGGGAUCAAUGAUAUUACCGCAAUUGGAAUCUUAUAAGCCAUUAGUUGCUAGAUUUUUGGGGUAUUAUGAACUACUUGGUAUAGUCUUGGGGGGCUUGUCAUUAGUCAUAGUAUUGUUUGGUUUGCUCAGUUUUGCGAAUUAA